CUUUAUACCUUGAUAUACAUUUAUAUUAAAGGUGUGUAUUUAAAAUACAACACAAAAGAAUUUUUUACUGAGAACCUGUUUAAGUUUAGGUCAUGGAAUACAAGUGAAACACAACGUGAUCCUAUCUUUUCCAGGAAAAGGGGUAAGGAUUCAAUUUAUUUCGUCUGAAAGGUUGGUAGAUAAGAAAAAAAAAUCUAAGGCAAACCGUCUGAACAGCUAUUCCAGAAAUACAUAAGAAUAAUGGAACAGAAACACAAAACUGUUCUUCAGACUAGUUUCAACUAUCUUAUAAAAAAUUUGCAUAAUGUGGAUGCGAUUUGUGAUGAAUUGCUUCAAGAUAAUGUACUUACAGCAGGGAUGAAUGAUUCAAUUAAGCAUAAAAAGCCAAAGCCUACUGGACAGACUAGGGAACUUUUAUCAAUCUUACCAAGAAGAGGAAAUAAAGCUUAUGCCAGUUUUAUUAAAGCACUCGAUGACACAGAUAACAAAGAAUUUGCUGAUUACUUGAGAGAGAAGGAUGGUUCAAAACGUAAUGAUAAAAUUUCUGAAAUACCAGAUGAUGGUUCAUCAAAUCCUAAAAAAAGUGACAAUAGUGUUAUUCAGGAAACAACACAUCAAUAUUCCGAAAAACCGGAAGAAACAAAAAAGUUGGAAUCUAAAAAUAAACACACACAAGAUUGGCCAGAUUUAAGCAAACCAUUGCAAACUGUCCAGCAAAAAGAUAUUAUAAAGUGCACUAAAGAAUCAUUUACAAUGAUUUGUGAUAGCAGAAAGGUAUACCAUAUGACAUCAAAAAAGAAAGGAAAAUUUCUAAGUAUUUCGAAUGUUCAGUGUACACAACAGACCACAGAAGAAAAAUCACCAGAUGAUUCCAAGUCCAAAAAGUGCACAGAAGAAAAAUCACCAGAUGACUCCAAUUUCAAAAAGUGCACAGAAGAAAAAUCACCAGAUGAUUCCAAGUCCAAAAAAUGCACAUCAUGUGUAGACUUUGAUAAAACUGCUAUAUUUCAACUAUUCAAGCAUGUACAGUAUGAAUCACAAAGUACUGAUGCACGGAGAGACGUUUCAGGAGAUGAUAUGAAGAAGUUCCUUGACGAACAUUUAAACAACACAGAAAAUUCAACUUUUGAUAGCUUAGUUGUGGUAAUCCUCUCUGGAGGCGUUGCAUAUAAACCAGGUGAAAUAUAUGAUAAAGAUGGCAAAAAAAUCCAAAUGGAAGAAAUACUUGAAAUCUUUCGAAAAUCAAAAGCUUUUAAAAACAAACCAAAAAUCGUCAUCAUUAGGACAUACAGUUUUGAAGAAGAAACAGAAACAUCUGAUGUCCUAGACGCUGAAAAGGCUGAUCUUCCUUUCUACAAAACAGAACCAAAUAAGGAUGAUCUAUUUGUGGUGUCAUCUCAACCAAGGACAAAAAAAGGACCAUGGAUCAUAGGAGACCACAUGAAUGGAUCUUACUUUAUACAAGCUUUUAUUCAUGUCUUCAAGAAUAUGGCACAUGAACAAUCAUUCAUGGACAUGAUGAUACAGGUAAAUAAAUGUCUUUCCAGUGCUAUGAUGCCUGUUGGGGGAAAGCAAGCUGUUGCAGAAGUUAUGAUUUUUGAACAUAGUAAAGAGAAAGAUUUGUUCUUUUUUCCGGGAUUAACAGAUGAUAUGAUAGUUCCUCCUUGGCCAGACUUGGUAACCGUUAGAAAUACAGUGCGGAAGCAAGAUAUCAAACUGAGCUCAUUGGAUUUCUAUAACAAAAUAUCAAAAGAAAGAAAGAUUUACCCAUUGACAAACGGCUACAAAAGAGGGAAGUGUAUUUUGAUAUCGAAUGUUCAUUGCCAGAACAAAGACGACGGGAAGAAAACACAAAGGCAUUCGGAGUGUUCGAGUAAAUUGGACUUUGAUUUAACCAACAUAGGUCAGCUAUUGAAAUUCAUUGGUUAUGAUUUCGACCAGAUUAAGAAUUUCACAAAUGAGAAGAUUAAAGAGUUCUUGAAAGGAAAAUUAGAUGAGAUAGACAAAAAUCAGUCUUCCAAGUAUGACAGUCUAUGUAUAAUGGUUUUAUCUGGGAAAUUUGACUGUGAAGCUGGAGUAAUUUAUGAUUGCAAUGGGAAAGCUGUUCAAAGAAAUGCAAUUUUAGAAAUCAUUAGAGGCUGUCAUCAUUUUGAAGGGAAACCGAAAAUAGUUUUUGUCCAAACCUACAAUUUUCAAGAGAAAAGCAAAGGUUUUGAUUCGUCGGAUUCUAAAUAUGACAUAAUAAAGAAUGGUAAAUCUAACACAGAUGAUGUAUUUGUCGUGUCAAAUUAUCCAAGAAUAGAACAAGGUCCAUGGAUACUUGGCGAAAACAUGAGUGGAUCAUACUUCAUUCAGGCACUUAUCCAUGUCUUCAAGAACUUUGCAUGUGAAAAGUCAUUUAUGGAAUUAUUAAAAGAGGCAAACAUGUGUCUGGCCCAUGCUGUAGUACCAAAGCAGACAACAGAGGGGAAUAAAAAAGUGACAAUAGAGAGGAAAACUGUUGCACAAAUUGUCCUUUUGGAAUAUUGUGAGGGAGCACAGCUUUACUUUUUCCCAGGACUUGAUGUAACACCUAUUCAAAAAGGCUUGGAAAAUAAAGAUGUAUCUGAAUCAGGAAAACCAGUGCGUGCAGAAUCAAACCCUCAGUAGCUAUAACCACCAGUUCGUGAUUAGAAAAUUUGUAGAACAUACUUUCUGUAACUAAAUGGAGCUAACCUUUAACUCACUGGGAUUGCCAAAAAUAGUAAAAUUAUGAAAUCCUUUCAAAAUUUGUUAAAAAUGCUGAAAGUGGCGUAAAAACACAAACAAUCAAUCAAUCAAUACAUUUUGUCUCGAUUUUCAUAUACAUGGUUGUUGCAAAUAUGUGCACAUAUCGUCGUCAUUAUACAUACAUGUUACAAAUUGAAGCAUAAUAUUUUAAGUAUUUAAAAUGAAACUAAAUAAAGCCCCAGGAAUUGAUGGCUUAAGUGUAGAAUUUUAUAGAACUUUUUGGGAACAUCUUAAAGAGUUUGCAGUCAAAACUUUUAAUUUCUCAUUUGAUAAAGGGGAGUUAACAAAUUCACAAAAAUGAGGAGUUAUUUCCCUUUUACAUCACAAAAAUGAUCCUCUCAGUUUAGACAAUUAUAGACCAAUAACAUUAUUGAAUGUUGACGCAAAAUUAGUUGCUUAUUCACUUGCUCAAAGAAUCAUCAAAAUAUUACCCCAAAUUAUUCAUGGAGAUCAAAAUGGGAAUGUUAAAAACAGAUAUAUAGGAUAUAAUAUUAGACAAAUUCAAGAUGUCAUAGAUUAUGCAGACAAAUUUGAUAUAGAGGGCGCUUUAUUAUUCUUAGAUUUUUCAAAGGCAUUCGAUUCAUUAGAGUGGGAUUUUAUGUUCUUUGCUUUACAAAAAUUUGGAUUUAAAAAUUCUAUGAUGAGAUGGAUAAAACUUUUAUAUUCUGACAUAAAAAGUUCAGUUUUAAAUAAUGGGUGGAUUUCAAAACCCAUGAGUAUAUAUCGUGGAAUACGUCAAGGCUGUCCAUGUAGUGCUUUAAUUUUUGUUAUUGCUGUGGAGAUUCUAGCUUGUAAAAUUAGGCAAGACCAUAACCUUAAAGGAUUUGAAAUCAAGAUAGAUGGAAAAACCCAUACUUUAAAAAUAAGUCAGCUAGCAGAUGACACCACUCUUUUUCUCAAAUCAAAACAAGAUAUUUCAAAAGCUCUUAACAUGAUUGAAACAUUUGGUUCACUGUCAGGAUUAAAACUUAACAGAUCUAAAACGGAGGGUAUUUGGCUAGGGAAACAAAAACAUUGUAAAAAAAUAUGAAAAUAUUAACUUUACAGAUAAACCAGUUAAAAGUCUGGGGAUAUAUUUUGGGCAUAACAAAGAAGAGUGUCAUAAACUAAGUUUUGAAAAACAGCUAAAAAAGUUUGUAAAAAUAAUAUCUCAUUGGAAAAAAAGAAACCUAACCAUGAUAGGAAGAAUAACAGUUAUUAAAUCUUUAGUUAUUCCUAUAAUUACUUAUUUAGCUACAGUCUCAACCUUGGGCAAAGAGUAUUUAGAUAAAUUUAAAAAAAUUAUAUAUGAAUUUCUAUGGAACAAUAAGACAGAAAAGUUAAACGCACUGUAUUAAGCUACAACCAACUACAUGGCGAAUUAAAAAUGGUAAAUAUAGAUAAAUAUAUAGAAUCUAUUCAGAUAGGUUAGAUAAAAAGAUUAACUGCUGAUAAAUUUCUUAAUUGGAUGGUUAUACCAAAAUUUUAUCUAAAUAAAUUUGGUAGCAAUCUACUUAUCUUAAGAAUGAAUACUUAUAAUAUAUACUCGCUACCAGGUACGAAAGAGCUACCAGAAUUUUAUCUUGAUAUGAUUAAAGUAUGGUUAAAAAAUAAAAAUAAUAAAACUAAACAUCCAAAUAAUUACAGACUUAUCCGCCAAGAAGUCAUUUGGGGAAAUCAAUUGAUCAAAUUUCAAAAGAAACCACUACUUUUCCAAAACUGGAUAGAUGGCAAUAUCAUUCAUAUAAAUGAUAUUAUUGAUGAAAAUGGAGUCUUUUCAGAAAAAAUUAUAAGUUUAAAAUUAAAGAAUAAAUCGAAUUGGAUAACUGAAUUCUCAAAAUUAAGAACAGCAAUCCCAAAAGAAUGGUUAAAAAUAUUGAAUGAAGAAAGUUCAAUAAAAACUAGUGUUUUAACAAAUAACUCACUAUAUAUAAGUGAAAAAAAUAUUUGCAAACAUAAACUAGAAAAAUUAGAUUCGAAGAAAAUUUAUACAAUUUUAAUAGAAUAUGAUAAAGAAAUUCCAAUAGGGUAUCAUAAGUGGAACAGAAUAUUAAAAUGUGAAAAUAUACAAAGUGAAGCUCAAUAUAUGCAAAAAUUUAUUCAUAACUAUUUAAAAGAUAAUAAACUGAAAAUGUGCUGAUGGAAACUAUUACACUUUAUUCUUCCAAACAAAGUUUUGUUAAAACAAUGGAAAAUAAGACAUAACUCUACCUGUAAUUUUUGUAACCUUACAGAAGACUAUGAUCAUUUUUUUGUAACGUGCCACUUUUAGAUGAGUUUUAGGAGGAAAUAUAUAAGUUAUUUGAAAUAGCUAAGAUUGGUAGACACAUUUUCACUGAAAAAAAAUUAAUCUGGGGAUAUAAAAUUAAUGAUGAACAUUAUUAUGAAAUAAACUUUUUACUUACAGUUAUUGUGUUCACUAAACACAAAAUACACUAUUUGUCAGAAUAUAGGACAAACAAUAUCAAUCUAUAUAAUGUUUUUAGGUCAGAAUUUAAAAAAGGAUUAUUAUUACAAAAAAAAUAUAUUAAUAUUGAAGGAAAAGGGAUACUAGAAAAGAUAUAUUCUUAUAUUUGACAACAUUGUUAUAUUAUAGGCAAUAUUGUUAUUAUAUAUGUAUUUUACAUAACGGUUUGAUAGAUGAUUAUUUCAUUUUACAAUUUCAAUGAGUUUUGAAAGUGAAAGUACCUCUUAUUUCUUCCACAAAUUUAUAUACUGUAAUUUUAGAUUAUACGGAAGAUAUACAAAUUAUGCUUACUAUAUGAGACCAAAAUUUUUUUUGUGUACAUACCUUCCGUGCCUAAUACAAUUAUAUUUGGGAGACACGUGGUGAAAGCAAUUAAUCCACACAAAAAUACAACAACUGAAAAACCGUUAUACCGGACAACAGAGAAAUAUAUUAAACCACAAACCAAAUUCCGAACACGCUAAGAUAACCCGUUAUUCUGUUUUAUUCUCAACAUCUAUCAGAUAGUAACAAUUGAUUGUAUAUUAAAGAAAACUGUUUUUUUUUACUAUAUAUAUAAAGUUCAUAUUCAGAGAUAUAAUAGUAAAAUAAUAGAGAAAUAAUGUAUUAAUGAUAAACAAUGUAUUAAAGACAUAUAAUAUACAUACUAACAAAAUUAUAAAUAUAUACCUGAAGAUACCCUGGUCUUAAGGUACUAAUAUACAGGGAUCUCCACUGAAAUAACUGUACCAGUGAAGAAAUCUGUUAACAGCAUGUGCAAUAUUGUUGUUGAAUAAAAAAAAAAUAUUUUAAGUUUCAUUGCUGAUAUCUGAUAGAUAUUUUUGAUAUAUUUAUAAAAUUACUACAAAACUCCAUUUUUAAGUAGCCAUUGCAGUGGAAUUGUUUCCGUUGGCGGUAUAAUUAAAAGUAAUUUUUGAAAAACUUCAAAACCUAUGUUAAGAAUAUUAUUUAUAUUUAAAGUAUAUCUACCACAACAAUUAUACGAGAUGUAUCCUGUCUUUCUAUCUUUGUUGUCACAAUCAGAACAGAUGUACACAAUGUAUAUUAAAGAAAAUAUAGUGAAUAAUUUGUCAUGUAUCAAUUUAUAAAAUUUGUAGAUAUA